GUUUGAUAUUCUUGUCUCUAAUUAUUGAAAAUUAUUAAACUUUUCAUUCUAUCACACUACGCGUCAUAACCACGGCAGAAAACUUACAGGUUCCGGUUUCCAAGUCGAUAAAAGAGCGGUGACACCCGUGGAAUUUCAUACUUCUCAGUGCGGUAUUACUUUUCAUAAAGCAAACAUAGCCCACCGCAAGUUCACUUUACGUUUUUGCCCCCUGACCUUCUCGCUUUCCACUCUAUUUCUUCCGACUCUGAAACACAGAGAGAAACAGAGAGCUUUCGUCGGCUGUGGACAUCAUGCUUCCUCUUACUUCAGCUUCUUUCCUUUUUAGCUUCUUACUGGUUGUUAGCCUCGCAAACUCUCAAUCAUUCAUCGGCGUGAACUAUGGCCAAGUCGCUGACAACCUCCCGCCACCAUCAGCCACCGCGAAGCUACUCCAAUCCACCUCAAUCCAGAAGGUCCGACUGUACGGAUCCGACCCGGCCAUCAUCAAAGCCCUAGCGAACACCGACAUCGGAAUCGUCAUCGGCGCCGCGAACGGUGACAUCCCGGCGCUCGCAUCCGACCCGAAUUUCGCCAAGAACUGGGUCAACACCAACGUCGUCCCCUUCUACCCGGCGAGCAAGAUCAUCUUGAUCACCGUCGGCAACGAGGUCAUGACUUCCAACGACCAGAACCUGGUGACUCAGCUGGUUCCGGCGAUCAAGAACGUCCAGAACGCGCUCGAUUCCGCAUCCUUAGGCGGGAAAAUCAAGGUAUCCACCGUACAUUCCAUGGCGGUGCUCAGGCAAUCGGAGCCACCGUCUUCUGGAAGAUUCCACCCAGGUAUGGACUCUGUGAUGAAGGAGCUGCUAGGGUUUAACAACGCCACCGGUUCGCCAUUCGCGAUAAACCCGUACCCUUACUUCGCUUACACGAGCGAUUCGAGACCCGAGACGUUGGCAUUUUGUCUUUUCCAACCCAACUCGGGGCGGUUCGACCCGAACACAAAUAUCAGGUACAUGAAUAUGUUCGAUGCGCAGUUGGAUGGGGUGAGAUCCGCGUUGAAUUCUUUGCGCUUCAAGGACGUUGAGAUAGUGGUUGCCGAAACGGGCUGGCCCUACAAAGGAGACAGCAACGAGGUGGGCCCAAGUUUAGAGAAUGCCAAAGCCUAUAACGGUAACUUGAUUGCACAUCUUCGUUCCAAAGUUGGAACUCCACUCAUGCCUGGGAAAUCGGUGGACACCUACCUCUUCGCUUUAUAUGACGAGGACUUGAAGCCUGGUCCUGCUUCCGAGAGAGCCUUUGGGUUAUUCAAGCCUGACCUUUCCAUGACUUACGAUGUUGGUCUCUCUAAGAGCACUAACCAGGCUCCUCCAGUAGCUUCACCAAAAACCCCAGUGAAUAAUCCAUCACCAAAAACCCCGGUGAACAAUCCAGCGCCAAAGCCCCAGAAAAAGGCCGUGUGGUGUGUGCCUAAGGCUGGAGUAUCAGACGCUCAAUUGCAAGCAAACCUGGAUUAUGUUUGUGGACAUGGGGUUGACUGCAGCGCAAUUCAACCUGGCGGUGCUUGUUUUGAACCAAACACGGUAGCAUCGCACGCUGCUUAUGCCAUGAACCUUCUCUAUCAAACUGCUGGUCGGAAUCCAUGGAAUUGUGAUUUCGUACAGACUGCCACAAUCUCCUCCAACAACCCCAGUUACAAUGGAUGCAUUUACCCUUCUGGAAGUACCUGAAACAGCAGAGACUUCAAUUGCAUUUAGCGUUUAUUAAAUAAAGGUGUUGUUGGUCUCUCUGCGUUCACCCGAUCUGCUAUUUAGAAGAUGUUCAUGUUCUUAUUGUUCUCCUCUCUUGUGGGCAAGGCAUCGUUUUGGUUAGUUAGGAAUGUUGAUUCUUUUUUUCCAUAUGUGUAUAAAUUUAUGUAGGGGAUAUGGUUUGCGAUGCUUGUGAAACUGUUGAUAUAUAUAUAUAUAUAUUCACUUCAAGUCUGGAAAACUUUUCCUGCGUAUAUACUUUGUAAGUUGUCUGUAACAUUUGAUCUGUAAGAGAAGUAAUUAUAUAAUGCUAUUUGUAAGAGAUGUA